UGAAGCUGGAGUACGACAAGUGCGAACGCAACUGCAAAAUCCUGAAGAAGAACCGCAACAAGUGCCAGUACUGCAGGUUCCACAAGUGCCUGUCUGUGGGAAUGUCCCACAACGCCAUUCGGUUUGGUCGGAUGCCACAGGCGGAGAAGCUGAAACUUAAGGCGGAAAGCAAUAUGGUGGAGAAGGAAGUGGAAAGCCCCAUGCUGGCAGACCACAAGAUUCUGGUCAGGCAGAUCCAUGACGCCUACAUGAAGAACUUCAAUAUGAGCAAGGCGAAGGCAAAGCUCAUACUCACCGGAAAAACCAGCAAACCACCGUUCAUCAUCCACGACAUGGAGACGUUCCAGCUGGCCGAGAGGACGUUAGCGGCCCACAUGGUAAGCGGUGACCACGCUGAGCCCGAGUGCGGCCUUCAGUCUCGGGAUGUGGCUUCGGACGUAGCGUGUGGGGAGCUCCAGCAGAGGGAGGCCGAAGCGAGGCUCUUCUACUGCUGCCAGAGCACGUCAGUGGAGACGGUGACUGAGUUGACGGAGUUCGCGAAGGCCGUGCCGGGUUUCCAGAGCCUUGAUCUGAACGAUCAGGUGACCCUAUUGAAGUACGGCGUUUACGAAGCACUCUUCACCCUCCUGGCCUCCUGCAUGAACAAAGAUGGCCUCCUGGUUGCCCGUGGCGGCGGCUUCAUCACACGUGAGUUCCUCAAAAGCCUCCGCCGCCCUUUUAGCGACAUGAUGGAGCCCAAGUUCCAGUUCGCCACACGCUUCAACUCUCUGGAGCUGGACGACAUUGACCUGGCCCUUUUCGUGGCCGCCAUCAUCUGCUGCGGAGACCGUCCAGGCCUGGUGGAUGUACCUCUGGUGGAGCAGCUGCAGGAAAGCAUUGUCCAGGCGCUGCAGCUCCACCUGCUGGCCAACCACCCUGACAACACCUUCCUCUUCCCCAGACUUCUGCAGAAACUGGCUGACCUGCGGGAGCUGGUCACUGAACACGCUCAGCUGGUGCAGGAAAUCAAGACGACUGAGGACGCUGCACUGCACCCGCUCCUGCAGGAGAUAUACCGGGACAUGUACUGAAGUUAGCACACAGUCAAGAAACAGGGAUGUGUAUUAAAAUGUUGAUUAACUUGGUGUAGAUACAGUGAACCUAAACCAAUAUUAUCAUGCAUAUCAAUGUACUGUAAGUAACUUAUUGUGCAGCUUCCAUGGAUGUGCACUGCUGUGACCGUGUGACUCUAAGAAACAAAACUAGAGAUAAAUUCUUUUCAGGGGGAACAGCGGCUCCUGUAGGAGACCUGAGCGCUGCUGUGAAAGGGGACACAGUGGGGAACGUUCUCUCUGAACUCAGAAACCAUAGAUGUGGUGAGAUAUGUUAAUUUGAACUAAAAGAAACCAUUUGCUGUGUUUGUUUUUACCCAACAGACACGAGUACAGAGGAAAUGCUAAAUGGGCAGGAUAAAAAAAUAUGCACAUGUAGUAAAAAGACUGCCACGGUCAUGCAUGCACUGAUUCUAAAUACUAAAUGUGCCUUUAAACAUUCAGGUGAAUGUUUUACAGCCAGUGUUAGUAGUGCAGAAGCAGCUAAAAUUGUAAAUCGUAAUAUUUGGGAUUAUUAGGGUGAUUUGUUCAUUUAAAGGCCAUAUGUGUCCAUCGUGUUCUUUUAUCAUCAUCUAGUGCCUUAUUGAUAUUAUUGGUAUCAGCCAAAUUUCCCUAAACUAUCUGGAACUUGUACACAAUAGAGUCCUUGAAAAUCAUGGUUUGGAUCUUUUCUCUAACUAUUUAAUAUUGGACCAAGAAAUGUUCUCACAUACUAUGAAAAUCAACCAUCAUUUGAAAUGUAUUGUUUUUUAUGGUUGAUGUAUUUAUUUAAUUCUGCUGCUAAAACCAGCACAACAUGAUAACUCACUUUUAACCUAUUUUUCAGAUCAGCAUUGCCGUGAGCAAAAUAUUCUCAGCCUCUAGGUCACUGUUUUUCCAUAAAGAAAAAAAAACUGUUUUGGCCUGUAUUUCAUAUUUUGACCAUAAACACAAUAGUCUGUUGGGCUGGUUUGGAAUUUAUUUUGUAAAUAUGGCAGGACUGUGGUGACCACAGUCAAAGGGAUGUAUGUACUUAGAGACCUCAAUAAAAGAGCCAGUUGCCUUGUUUUCUGAACUGAAACAUCACCUCCUGAUGCCACACUGAAACAUUAAACUUUGUUUCUUGUCAUAAUGAAUCUGUUAAUAUUUUUUAAUCAUGUACAGUCGAGGGUUGAAUAAGAAUUUUUUUUUGCAGUUCAUUAAAUGAACUAUGUCCUUGUGGUAG